UAUGGGGCGUAAUUUGGAAAAGGAGGUCUCUCUGGACUGGAAGAGGUUGAUGGCUGAGGAUCAAAACAAUGAGUUUCAUGUGGAGAAGUCACCAGUGAAGUUUUUAGUGGAAGAGAUGUAUGCUGGAAAUUCUUUAAAAAGCACAGUGUGCCUCGGUAAUGAGAAGGAACGAGAGAGAGUGUAUGACACGAUAAUCCACCUACCUUGGAGGUGUGAACUGCUUAUAAAUGUGGGAUUUUUUGUCUGCUUGGAUUCAUUUCUCUCAUUGCUAACUAUUAUGCCAACAAGGAUCUUCACAACCUUCUGCAAGUUUUUGAAAACUUGGCAGUUAAGUAGACCUUCAGCAGCUCAGCUUUGUGAUUUUGGCUGUUUUCUUGCACUGAUUAUUGGGGUCACCCUAUUACAACAAACAGAUAUAAGUUUAAUAUAUCACAUGAUUCGUGGUCAAGGGACAGUCAAGCUUUAUGUGGUAUACAAUGUGUUGGAGAUAUUUGAUAAGUUAUUUCAAAGUUUUGGAGGUGAUGUUAUGCAGACUUUAUUUACUACCGCUGAAGGGCUUGCAACUUGCUCAUCGGAAAACAUGCAAUACUGGCUAAGGAGAUUCAUCUUAGAUGAAAUCGUAGCUGUGACAUCGUCAAUUAUUCAUUCAUUCAUCUUGUUAGUUCAGGCCAUUACUCUGUCAACGUGCAUAGUUGCUCACAACAAUGCAUUGUUUGCGUUGCUUGUAUCAAACAACUUUACAGAGAUAAAAAGUAAUGUGUUUAAGCGCUACAGUAAGGAUAAUGUUCACAAUCUUGUAUAUGCUGAUGCUGUCGAGCGGUUCCAUAUUUCUGCAUUUCUAUUGUUUGUUUUGGCUCAAAACAUACUUGAAGCGGAAGGUCCGUGGCUUCAAAGUUUUAUUUAUAAUGCCCUUGUUGUGUACAUAUGUGAAAUGAUGAUUGAUAUUAUCAAACAUUCUUUUGUUGCGAAAUUCAACAACAUAAAGCCCAUGGCAUUUUCAGAAUUUCUUGAAGAUCUAUGCAAGCAGACUUGGAACCAGCCUGAGAAUGCAAAGAAUAACCUGGUUUUCAUUCCUUUAGCGCCAGCUUGCGUUGUAAUUAGAGUGCUACGUCCAGUUUAUGCUGCUCAUCUUCCAUAUAGUCCCCUCUCCUGGAGAUUGUUUUGGAUAUUUCUCCUGUCAGCAUUGACCUUUAUCAUGCUAGCCAGCCUCAAAAUAUUAGUCGGUAUGGGGUUAAAGAAUCACGCCGGGUGGUAUAUAAAAAGAUGUCAGAGAAGGAAAAAGCUUCAUACUGACUGACUGGCUGGCUCAUCUUGAUUUUGAUGGAAAAUAUACUUUCAGAAAGAUCCGCGGUACCUUACUCUGACAUUAAGGUUGGGAGAAAAUGGAGGAGAACCGCUUUUUGAUGUGCUCUGCCAAGCAUGAUGAUUGCUUAUGAGAGAUGUCUUUCAAGGCCGAUAGCUGAAGUUUGUAUAUGCUUCAAAUUUUGCUUCAUGGAAAAGACAACUAGUUGUGAGUACACACAAUUGUUAUCGAGGGAUAAAGAGAACAUUUGAACGAAAAUUUUGUCAUUGGUAAUUUAUACAGUUAGUAGUUAGUACAAUGUGGGCAGGUUUUCACCCAUUGACAAUAUGACUUGGAAUUUAGCUCAACUAUAGAAUAGAGAUUAUUCUAAUGUGAGAUGAUUUGCAUCAUAUAAUGCAAGACGUCUACAUUAGAAGAUUUCACUCUACCUUCUCCAUCCGACCAUAGCUUCCUGCUACUGCAGUGAUCUGGCAUGUUCAGACGCCUUGCUUUAGAAGAUUUCUAGUACCUGCAAAGGUUCAAACUAAAAAAAGGGGUUGAAUAUUGUGCAUACUUAUAGCAUGGUAUUCAAACCGUGUAAAAGUAAAUUUUCAUUGUUUAAACUUUAUUGCUAAUUGGUCCAAUACUCCAAUACCUAUAUGGCUUGGGUUUCGUAAAACUAGCCCUCCUAGAAUUUGUUUGGGCAAUUUAUACCUACAAACAUAGCGCAUUCCUAUUUCAGAAGUUCAGAAUACUUUUACUCAUAUAUAAAGCAAUUUCUUUAUAGUGUAUAGCUAGGGCUAGGGGUGG